AUGACGGGCGCCCGCACCACACCCCGGUGGGCACCGGAGCCUGCGGGACCCAGCCCUGCCAAGCGCAGCCGACGGGACCAGCCGGCGCCGCCACCCAGCCUGGAAGACCCCUCCAAGGGGACGGCGGCCCCGGCCGACGCCCACGACGGCCUCACCUCCGUGGUGGUCCUGGCGGCCGGCUGCGCCCUGCAGGUGCCCCUGGGCCACGUCGAUCUGGUGCUGGAGCCUCCGCCGACCUCCGUCCUCACCGUGGACCUCCUAGGCCACCGGCUCGUGCUCAUCCCCCAGGACCUCCUGGGCCCCACGCCCCAGGGCCCGCCCGGGGCCUCCUCCGACGGCCUGCUCCUGGACGCCUUGCUGCUGGACGCGCGCCCCGAAGACGUCGUGAUCCAGCAGGGCCUCUGCUGCGAGCCCAUUCCCGAGGUCGCCCGCCAAGAAGAGGCCUACACCCAGGAUGCCCAAGACGCCGAGGACUCCGAUCUCGACUUCCUGGAGCCAAGUUGGUCCAGCCCUGAGCCUCAAGACCCCAGCCCACAACUUGGUUCUGCAGCGCCCACCCUCGAUCCAAGCAGCCACAACGCUCAGUCCGUCUUCAACCUGGAUUUCCACCUUCUGAGGUCGGUCCCCGGCUCGCCGCUGCAGCCUCUGCCUCCGUCUCCCAGCCCGGGUUCAAAUCCGACCAGCCGACCGAAUCUACCGGCGUGCCCUGCGCGCCCUCCCCGCCCCGUGUGCAAGGCCCGGAGACGCCUGUUCUGA